UCCAUGCAGCAAAACACAGUUUGGCAAUGCAUAGGAAGCUCUUGCACAAAGCAUGGCUCACAUCCCACUGGUGGUCUGAAGAGGUAUAUAAGAGCGCCCUGAACACUUCAGUUCCAUCAACGACAGCUCUUCAUCUGCACUUCUUCAGACCUGGUUUACCUACAUCACAAAAGAUGUCUUCAGGAGGACAGCUCUUGAGCAGCAGAUGCGCUGGACCCUGCGAGGUCACCUGCCCAGAGCCCUGUGCCCAGGCCUGGAACCAGCCCUGUGUCACCUCCUGUGGGGAUUCCCGUGCCGUGGUCUACCCACCACCAGUGAUCAUCACCUUCCCAGGCCCCAUCCUCGCCUCUUGUCCUCAGGAGAGCUUUGUGGGCACCUCGCUACCAACACCCAUUGGGGGAGGGUUUUCAGGGGCACUAGGCUCUGCUGAAUCAGGGGGCUCAUUUGGCUCUGGGGGCUCCUAUGGAGGAGGAAGUUCAUUUGGGAUGGGGGGCUCAUAUGGAGGGAGUGGUUCCUUGGGCUCUGGGGGUUCCUAUGGAGGAGGCAGUUCAUUUGGGGGCUCACACAGAAGCAGAUCCUUCCGUUUUGGCUCCAGCUCCCACAGCGGGGGCUUCGGGGGCUCCUUUGGAGGAGGCAGCUCCUACGGUGGGGGCUCCUUUGGAGGGGGCCGGUCCUUUGGAGGGGGCAGCUCUCAGAGUGGUGGGGGCUACUCUAGUUCCCGGAGGUUUGGUGGAGGAAGCUGUGGCUCUGGCUUUUUCUGAAGGGCCGUAUCUUGUGCUUCGGCAGCCCUGGGCUGUGCUGACCUCACAGGGGAAGCCGCAAGCCGGUGAUGUCCAAGUGAUCAACUUUGUUGGCACCCAUGGAGAUCCAUCGCUUCCCAAAGCCCUGGGAAAUGUCCUUUGUGCCUUGUGUGACUGUUUUCACCAAAUGUAUCCCGUGCUUCCCUAUCAUUAAAGCUAUGCUGCAUCAGGA